AUGCUCCGCAUAGGCAUGAACAUCGCUGCAGGCGCCUCGACACCCAGAGCCGGCAAUGCCACCGCAAAUUCCAGUGAACCCUUGGAUUUGGCGACCAUGCUGGCUACGGACGCAUUUGGAAGAGCGGCCCUUGAUACAGUUUCUCAUGGCGCCGAGGCUGUGGCCGCAAGUGCCCAAGUUGCAGCUGAGAGCAUGGAAAGAGUGGCCAAUUCAGCAGACCAGGUGGUCAGGAAUGUCCAUGGCGUCUAUAAGGUCUCAGCCAUCCAAAUUGCUCAGGGGUACCAGGUCAUCCGGGCCCUGGCUGACAUUGGAGAGCAUCUUGGCGAGACCAAUAGUUUCACCGUGUCGGGAAGCGGAGGCCCCGACGGCUUUGCGAAACACGUCUACGACUUCAUCAAAGAGAAAAUUGGUGUGAUCCAGGAGGCGGAAAGGGACAAUCAUCGUUUCUUUGUCUACCAUCCUGACACAAACUGGUAUCCAGCAUUUUAUCGACUGAUCACGGAGACACCUCUCCCGCCUACGUUUUGUACUAAGUCAGAUGACCUGGACAAGUUAUGUCAGUACAUGCAAGAGGUUAGGGCGCAAUUCAAAAGUGAGUCGGGGCGUGGAGAAGACAUUAUUUUCCACCUACUCAUCCCCUCAUGGUACUCCAUCUCCUUCAAGCAGCCCUUACAUUUUCCCGAUUGCCUUCAGCCAUUCAAAGUUGAGGGGCGGAAGCACAAGCUCAAGGAGUACGUUGAGUUCAACCUUCCAGCACCGCCUGCUGGUCUUUUGGGCGGUGUGGCGAACGUUCUCGACCCCAAAGGCUUGAACAAGGUAGCAGCAGGAGUUUCGACCGCAACAACACUACCGGUGGUGGGCUGGGGUAUCAACGGUGCCUGUCUCGCUGUCGGUCUUGGCUUAGGUACUCUCACAGGAUUGGGAGCGUUGGUGGCCAUUCCGGUCUGGUUCGGCACCGCAGCGCCGGCUAUGAGUGCGGCAGCACCAGUUAUCCAUGAAACUGUGUAUGAUGCUCUCUGUGAAGAAGCACCAAGAGUGUUGGGGUCCACCCGACGCCUAAACAUGGAAGGAGACGUUGAAGGAUAG